AUGGCGGAAUUCGUGCGUGCCCAAAUCUUCGGCACCACCUUCGAAAUUACAAGCAGGUACACAGACCUGCAGCCCGUGGGAAUGGGCGCUUUUGGUCUCGUCUGUUCUGCGAGGGAUCAAUUGACAGCACAGCCGGUCGCCGUCAAGAAGAUUAUGAAGCCGUUCAGCACACCAGUUCUGUCCAAGAGAACGUACCGCGAGUUGAAGCUGUUGAAGCAUCUACGACACGAAAAUAUAAUCAGUCUCAGUGAUAUUUUCAUUUCUCCGCUCGAGGAUAUCUAUUUCGUCACGGAACUCUUGGGAACCGACCUCCAUAGACUCCUCACCUCCCGUCCUCUGGAAAAGCAGUUCAUUCAGUAUUUCCUCUACCAAAUUUUGCGAGGACUAAAAUAUGUCCACUCGGCCGGUGUUGUCCAUCGCGAUCUUAAGCCGAGCAACAUCCUCAUCAACGAGAACUGCGACUUGAAGAUUUGCGACUUUGGUCUUGCCCGUAUUCAAGACCCUCAAAUGACAGGCUAUGUCUCGACCCGGUAUUAUCGCGCUCCCGAGAUCAUGCUCACAUGGCAAAAAUACGACGUGGAAGUGGAUAUUUGGAGUGCGGCCUGCAUCUUCGCGGAGAUGCUGGAGGGAAAGCCAUUGUUCCCAGGAAAGGAUCAUGUCAACCAAUUUUCGAUUAUUACAGAGCUUUUGGGCACCCCGCCGGACGACGUUAUUCAGACCAUCUGCAGUGAGAACACUCUGCGAUUCGUCAAGUCGCUGCCUAAACGCGAACGUCAACCUCUGGCUAGCAAGUUCAAGAAUGCCGACCCAGAUGCUGUUGAUCUCCUCGAACGAAUGCUAGUUUUUGAUCCCAAGAAGCGAAUCCGUGCAGGCGAAGCGCUUGCGCAUGAGUAUCUCGCACCUUACCACGAUCCCACCGACGAACCUGUGGCCGAAGAGAAGUUCGAUUGGUCCUUCAACGACGCCGACCUGCCGGUGGACACCUGGAAGAUUAUGAUGUACUCGGAGAUUCUUGACUUCCACAACAUUGACCAGGCCAACGAUGCUGGCCAAGUGCUCGUUGAAGGAGCAGUCGCCGAUGGACAGCAGACCUUCGCAUGA